GGUUCACGAACAUAUGAUUUUGCGUUUUGGCCACAAUCUUUGCCAGCAGCAAUAAAAGGGUUGAAACAUUUUGCAGUGCAGCGGAAAAGAUUAAUAAAUUGCAAACAUGGCCAUUCGAUUGACGCAAAGAUUGCUGCAGACCCAGGCGCCGUUCCUUACCCGCGGUUAUCCGCUGCUCGUGACCAAGGAGAAGACAGAGGAUGUGGCUCACACGAAAUCGGCUCUGCAAAAGAAAUUAACGGGAACUGACAUACCCUCGGCCCAGUAUGGUGGCCGCCAUGGUGUAACCAUGCUGCCGGGUGGCGGCAUCGGUCCCGAGCUGAUGGGCUAUGUGCGUGAAAUCUUUCGUUAUUGCGGAGCACCCAUUGACUUUGAGGUGAUUGACAUUGAUCCAUCCACUGAGGGCAACGAAGAUUUGGAGUAUGCCAUCACAUCGAUUAAACGCAACGGUGUCGCACUCAAGGGCAACAUUGAAACUAAAUCGCAGAGUCUUAGCGAAGUCUCCCGCAACGUGGCCAUUCGUAAUGAGCUGGAUCUCUAUGUGAAUGUGGUGCAUUGCAAAUCUUAUCCGGGAAUUCCAGCCCGUCACAAGGACAUCGACAUUGUGCUCAUCCGUCAGAACACCGACGGCGAGUACGCGAUGUUGGAGCACGAAUCGGUGCGCGGUGUCGUCGAGAGUAUGAAGGUGGUCACCGUGGAGAACGCCGAGCGUGUGGCACGCUAUGCCUUCGAGUAUGCGCGUCAGAAUAAUCGCAAGCGUGUAACGACCAUACACAAGGCGAACAUCAUGAAGCUGUCCGAUGGCCUGUUCUUGGAGGUGGCGAAUCGUGUACACAAGGAUUAUCCCGAGCUGGAGCACAACAACAUGAUCAUUGACAACACCUGCAUGCAAGCUGUUUCCAAUCCACACCAGUUCGAUGUGAUGAACAUGACCAAUUUAUAUGGCACAAUUGUGUCGAAUGUGAUUUGUGGUCUGAUCGGUGGAGCCGGUCUUAUUUCAGGACGCAAUUAUGGUGAUCACUAUGCCAUCUUCGAGCCCGGUACCCGUAACACAGGCACAGCCAUUGCUGGCAAGAAUAUUGCCAAUCCGGUGGCCAUGAUAAAUGCCAGCAUUGACAUGUUGAACCAUCUGGGACACAACGAGCACGCAAAGGUCAUCUAUGAUGCUACAUACCAAACCAUUGUUAACGAUGCCAUUCGUACCCCAGAUCUGGGCGGCACUCACUCCAGUACCGAUGUGGUUGAGAACAUACUUAAGAUUUUGAGUGCCAAGCGUGUGAAUUGAUUUCUUGCCUGGUCCCUAUGAAUGCUUUGAACUCUUGACCUACUUUGACUUUACUUCUUAUCCCAUUAGAUAUUCAUAAAUCCUAAGACAAAAAAGAUAAAAUUACUCAUUCGUUAAAUCAGAAUUAAGUACAAUGUCUCCUCAGAUCAAGAAUUUUUAUGUUCAAAUGAAGCAAUAAACAAUAGAAUUGUAAAUUGAUUUUCAAACGAUUGUAAAAUUAAAACUGAAUUCAAACAAAAUGUAUUAUUCUGUUCGAAUAUUUAGAAAAUUAAAAAAAAGAUGAAAUAAUAAUCAAAAAAAGCCCGAGUUCGUUUUCUUUUUUGGAAUUGUAUAUCAUUUUGUUGAGACAAGAAUUAUAAAUCGCAAUUAAGAUAAUUUUUAUCUCAUUUGAGUUAAUUUAAAUCAAAUUUUCUUUUCUUUUUCUUAAGUAGAAUUUGAUUUUGCAAUGAAUAAUAAUAUGAAACUAUCUCCCAAAGUUCUUUUGAUAAUUUUUUCUUUUCUUCUGUACACAUUAUUUAUAUGUUAUUCGGAAUAUAGCUGCAUUCUACUAGAAAUUGUUUCCCUAUAACUCAUCUCUACAAUUUUGUCAAGAAAAUAAUUAGAAUUUCUGGCAUCGUCUUAUCCAUUUAAAAUGAAAAAGAAUUUACGUUAUUUCGGUCAAUUUUAUCAGAAUUUGGUUUUUUUAUUUAACCUUAAAAAAACGGCGACAUAAAAAUCAAGAGUCCUCCAGCUGUUUAGAAACGCAGCUUCUGGAAAAACCACUUGUUCUUGCCCUCCUUGUACACCGACUCAAACUUGACGCGGGUCUGGAAACGGUGAGUCUUGCGCUUGACAGGAUCCUUCAGGUCCUUGGGCGACAGCUUCUCGAAGCUGAUGUCGUGCGCUGUGUAGCGAGUCGGCAUCAAGUGGUUGUAGUUCAAG